AUGGACCUAUGGGAAGAAAGCAAUGAAACCGACCCUUCAAAAUACACUGAUUUAAAAUUAAAAAGUAAAUUUACUCCAUACCUGGGAAAUUACCGUAAUAUUGAUCUUUUCUUAGAAACAAUGAAAAAUGAAAUUGAUAAAAUAGACAAUAGAUCCCUUGAUUUUCACCCCAAUAUGAACUUGUCAAGUAGGGAACAAGUGGCACUUAAGUCUCUGAGAAAUAACACAGAAAUUAUCUUGAAACCUGCGGACAAAGGCGGGAACAUAGUCAUGAUGGAUAUCACAGACUAUGUUACAAUGGUUCUCAAAGUGUUGGAAGAUGAGAAUACAUACAAAAUUCUAAAAUCUGACCCUACGAAUGACUUCCUUAUAAAGUAUAGGGAGAUUCUGGACAGGGGCCGCAGUAGAGGGCUGCUAUCGGGGGAUGAAUACGCAUUCAUCUUCAAUUGCCAUCCGAGGAUAGCGACCUUCUACUGCUUACCUAAAGUACAUAAAAGUAUGACCUUACCCCCUGGCCGCCCCAUUGUCUCAGGCAUAGAUAACUUGACACAGAAUUGUAGUAUAUAUAUUGACAAAAUCCUACGACCAUUCGUUGAAAAACUUCCCUCUUACCUUCAGGAUACAAAACAGACCCUGGCCCUCUUAGCGAAUCUGGAG